AUGUCGAGAAACGCUGCACGAUCAAUUGCUAGCGCUGGAAGCGAGUCAGUCGGGAGUGGGAGUCUGCGACAACAAUCGUCGCCCGCGCGCGGAGAGCGUCCGGUCUCGAAUCCGGCCUCUCACAAUGGAGAUAAUUAUGACACGGCCUUGCCCUCAAUGGAAUUUCACCCUCCGCCGACAAUGACACAUCGCAGAACGGGGAGCACCUUGAAAACAGUCAUGCGGAAGAUCUUUAACCGGAAACGACAGAGCCAAACCGAUGGGGUAGAAGAAAUGCCCUAUGAAUCGGCUUUUUCAAGGCCGCCAGUCAGGAGGGCUGGGCCUACUGGUCCUGGCACGAGGCGGCCAUUCUUGGCUGUUCCUCCUCCUUUGAACUUGGCCUCAAAUCGGAGUAGUCCGCUUUCUGCAGAGAAUCUUCAGCUCGCAGAGACGCAUCUCUCCCCGCUGUCUCCACUCUCUCCGGCCUCCUUGGGCGGCUCCUUGGCGGGUGGUAUACCACCGCGCCGGCGACGUGCGACUCUUCCUAGUGUUGUCUUUUCCGAUGAUGAGUCUCGCUUUGCGGUGGCUUCCGCUAUAUCCGAUCCCCAUGAUGAUAGAUCAGUUGCACCGGAACAGCGAAGACAUAGUUUGCUUUCGAAUAGAAUAUCAAGGAGCGUCGAGGCUUUGCGCGAACUCAGUGAACGACCGCCCCCAGUACCCGCUUGGUCACCACCGCCACCACCAGUCGAUGCUUGGCCCCCGCGCACAACAUCUGCUCCCGGCUCAACUGCUCAAUCAAGAUCACCUCAGGAGGAAAGCUCCAACAGCGGGCAGUCUACAAGACCGUCGACUGGCACAACCGUAACCAGCGUGGCUCGCGAAUCCGUCGCUCCUUCGUUGACUGGCUCUGAUCUACGCCCUGAGCCAGUUGUUAUUCCGCCAAAUGUGGCUAGCUUUGUCGGCUCUAUGCAACAGGACGACAGUGUCACUCUAGACCAGCGUCUGACCACCCUAGAGGUGAAGAUGAUUGACCUAGAAUUCGCAAUUGCAAGAAUGCAAACAUCUCCCCAAGACAGUCCCAUGGACAAGACUUCCCGUCCAAGACUUCCCCAGCAUGCAGAUUCCUAUCCACCCCAGACACGCAAGGUUUCCCCGGGCCUGCGGUCUCCAGCAGACAGCACUGACUCUGCAAGUCCUCUCCCUACCAUUGACUACCGACCUUCGAGCACGAGUACAAUCCGCCAGGACACCUUGAACUCGCGAACCCUCCGCCCCGCCCCAUCCGCAACAUCCCUAUCAGACUACCAAGGCGUCUCAAUCGAGCAAUACAGCACCCUAGUCACGCUCCUCCGGCGCGAACAAACCGCGCGCAGGAAUCUAGAAAGCCAAGUCAGCGGCCUGAGAGACGACAUCCGCCACCUACAGCGCGCAGCCCUGGAGUCCAUCCAAGCAGGAACAAUGCAGCCCGCACAUGCAAUCGGAUCAGAGGACUUCAUCCGCUUCCGCCGCGCCCUCGACGACUCAGGAACAUCCACACCCCUCCGUCCAGACGACAAACAAUCCACAAUAGACAGCGACCCCGACUGGGACCGAUCGGAGCUCUACUCCCGCGACGACCCAUUCGCACAGCCCAAAUGGGAGCGUCAGCGGAUUGUACCAGCCCCCAUGAUUUAA